AUGGCCUCUGGAUCCGCCUCUGCCCCUACAGCCCAUGGCCUCUGGAUCCGCCUCUGCCCCUACAGCCCAUGGCCUCUGGAUCCGCCUCUGUUCCUACAGCCCAUGGCCUCUGCAUCCGCCUCUGCCCCUACAGCUCAUGACCUCUGGAUCCGCCUCUGUUCCUACAGCCCAUGGCCCUGCAUCCGCCUCUGUUCCUACAGCCCAUGGCCUCUGGAUCCGCCUCUGCCCCUACAGCCCAUGACCUCUGGAUCCGCCUCUGUUCCUACAGCCCAUGGCCUCUGCAUCCGCCUCUGCCCCUACAGCCCAUGGCCUCUACAUCCGCCUCUGUUCCUACAGUCCAUGGCCUCUGGAUCCGCCUCUGUUCCUACAGCCCAUGGCCUCUGGAUCCGCCUCUGCCCCUACAGCCCAUGGCCUCUGCAUCCGCCUCUGCCCCUACAGCCCAUGGCCUCUGGAUCCGCCUCUGCCCCUACAGCCCAUGGCCUCUGGAUCCGCCUCUGCCCCUACAGCCCAUGGCCUCUGGAUCCGCCUCUGCCCCUACAUCCCAUGGCCUCUGGGUCCGCCUCUGUUCCUACAACCCACGGCCUCUGGAUCCGCCUCUGCCCCUACAACCCACGGCCUCUGGGUCCGCCUCUGCUCAGUGCAUUUUUUUCUGCAAGGUGA